UUGUUUGAUUUCACUGCCCGCCGUUGUCCGCGAAGUGGAGUAGGCAGAAGACGAAGAGUGCGUCCUCCUAAAUCGGACGGCGUCAAAACUUUCAAAGCUUCGUCCGGUCAACGUUUCUGUUUUGAGACCCCCUUCUGUCUUUUUCUUUUCACCCUGAGAACCACCCCCGAUCUCGCUUCGAUUUUCUCGAGAAAAUCUAGCCCCCAAGAGAAAAUUCCGGAUUUACUCCCUACUGUCAGAGCUUAUACGCACGUAUACGUCCGUAUACAUAUUUCAGUAUACAUAUAUAUAUUUAUAUAUUUCUGUAAAUUGAGAUGGAUCGAAGACGAGCUGGGAGUCCUGUGUAUUCGCGGCAGUGGAGUGGUUCCAGCAGCACGGGGUCGUCGUCUCCGGCGAUGUCGCCGGCGCACCCCCACUCACGGCAGCCGUCGGUCUCCGGGCUCUCGACCGUCAAGCGGACGCAGAACGUCGCCGCCAAGGCCGCCGCGCAGCGUCUGGCUCAGGUUAUGGCGUCGCAGACGGCCGAUGACGAUGACGACGACGACGAUCUAGGGUUCCGAUACAGUGCUCCGCCUCCACCUCAUUUCUCCAGUAAUGUUAAUAACAGCAGCAUUCUUCCCGCAAUUUCGACUGCUAGGCCUAAUAGAUCUCCUUCGCCUGCGUUAGGUCGGAACUUUGUAGAGCAUGCUGCUUCAGUUCGCUCCUCGUCAGCUGGAAGACCAUCGAUGUCUGUUCGUUCAACACCAUUGGUGCCUCCUAGCCGAUCAUCACUGAGAACUCCAGUUUCUAUACCUCCAAUUGAGCCUCCAACUAGUAGGCUUAAUGAGAAAAGGUUUCCAUCUGAUAUGGGAUCUCUUAACACAAAAGGUACAGGAAAUCAGCGGGAGGCUUCUGCACUUCGUGAUGAGCUUGAUAUGCUACAAGAAGAGAAUGAAAUUAUUCUUGACAAGCUUCGUCGUGCAGAAGAAAGACGUGAACAAGCAGAGGCCAGAUCAAGGGAGCUUGAGAAACAGGUAGCUUCUCUUGGAGAAGGUGUAUCCCUGGAAGCCAAGUUGUUAAGCAGAAAGGAAGCAGCAUUGCGUCAAAGAGAGGCUGCUCUUAAGGCUGUAAAACAAACUAAUAAUGGGAGAGAUGGAGAAAUAGCUGCACUUCGUACUCAGAUUAAUAACUUUAAAGAAGAGACUGCAAAUGCUGUAGAACAGCUUCGAGAAGCAGAAUCUGACGCAAAAUCUCUUCGCUCCAUGACACAGAGAAUGAUUUUAACUAAAGAAGAAAUGGAGGAAGUUGUUCUGAAGAGAUGUUGGCUUGCUCGCUAUUGGGGUUUAGCUGUACAGCAUGGCAUGUAUGCUGAAAUAGCAGUGUCAAAGCAUGAGCAUUGGUCAUCUUUAGCUCCUCUACCAUUUGAAGUUGUAAUUUCUGCUGGGCAGAAGGCGAAGGAGGAAUCCUGGGAUACAGGUGGUGAUGAUCCAGAUAGGCGAAGCAAACUUGUUCGGGAUUUGAGUGAUUUAAGUGGAGAAGGAAAUAUUGAGAGUAUGCUUUCAGUUGAAAUGGGUUUGAGGGAACUAGCUUCCUUGAAGGUUGAGGAUGCCGUUGUGCUUGCAUUGGCACAACAUAGACGCCCUAAUUUGGUUCGACAAUCAAUCACGGAUCCGAAGUCACCAGUGGAUCCCAAGUUUAUGGACGCAUUUGAAUUAAGUCAAGAGGAAUCAGAAGAUGUUCUUUUCAAGCAGGCCUGGCUUACAUAUUUCUGGAGAAGGGCCAAAGUUCAUGGUGUGGAAGAAGAUAUUGCUGAGGAGCGACUUCAGUUUUGGAUCAGCCGUAGUGGGCAGUCACCGACUUCACAUGAUGCUGUUGAUGUUGAGCAUGGUUUGAUGGAAUUGAGGAAACUGGGGAUUGAACAGCAGCUGUGGGAAGCAUCUCGCAGGGAAAUCGAGCAGCCCUUGGUCGCUAAUCACAAGCCUGGUGCAGAGUCGGAGAUGUCUUCAUGAUCUUUUGCUGCUUUGAUAUGCUACUCUAUAAAUUUUCUUUUCUUCUUCUGCUUUUCGGUCUUUUAUCCCCACUUUCCUGGUUCUUUGCAUACAAUAUCCAUUCAUCUUGCUAGGUUUUCUCUAUAUUUUUCUUCACUUUGUUGUGACAUUAUAAGUGGUGUCAUAGUUUAGUCCCCCAUACCAGAAUUGAAGUCAUAGGGAGUGUGGAGUUGAUAUUGUAUUUAGGUUGUUUGUAUGAUAGAACACUAUAAGCCAUUUUGAUUGUCAAAUGUUUGGAAUUAAUGAAAUUCUUGAAUAGAUUUUUUUGCUACUAA